AUGGGCUCGCGUUCGUGUCGUUACUUCUUCGGCGUUUUAACCGUGAGUGUGAAGACGGACUAUGCGUUUUAAACGUAACAAAACUAUUAUAUUGCAGCAUAUAUAAUGUACGCACGUCAGACUCGCGGAGGUCUCGAUUGAUUUGGUUUUGUUGUUUUUUUUUUUUCCGAUAGCCGUCAUACAAUUGUGCUCAAUGAUCUUGCGCGUGCCGAUAUUGUUUAAAUGUUACCCUCAGAUAUGACGAAUUUUUAGCUGAUGACUUUUUUUUUUUUUGCUUAUCGGUCUAUUUAGCGUAUAACAUAAUACAUAAUAAUGCAUAACUACUUUUAACUAUUAUUUUCGACUAUUUCGCAAUUUUGCUCGAGAAUUAAAUCGUUAAAUUGCCUACUAGUAUAAUUAUCGGUGUAACUGUAAGUCUAUAACAUCACCCCUCCAUGCACCUCCUAUCACCGGCCCUGAGUAGAUUACUAAAUAACAUUCCCCUAGGUACAACUCGGAUUCGAAAAGAUAAUGGUUUUAAAAAAUGAUUAUACCCUCGUGCAUAUCUAUAAAUUAUAACCCACCAAUGUUUAUCGGAUAUAUAGAACUAUGUUGAGCCAUUAGGCACCCAGGAACAUUAAUUUUUAAAAACCAUCUCUUAAGGUCUUACUUGAGGAUGAUUUUUUUGGGGGUUGAUUCCGCCCCUAAUUCGUUGUUGUUACUGUUAUACUCAAAUUUUAACAUUUUACCUAGACCAUAUUAGAUUCUCCCUUACUCCUGAAAUUUUUGCUAUGUACACAGAAUAUGUGUUAUAUUAUUACAUUACUAGGUUUGCAUUUAUGCUAUUCUAAUUACCAAACAAUAUUCAUAAUUACUCUAAACAAAGCGUUUAAAAAUAAAACAAAUACCAAAUGAUACAUUAUAAUGUGAUAUUUUAAAUUUCAUUUCGAGUUUUAUGUUAAGUUGGGCGCUCCAUAGUUUUAAAAAGGUUUGGAUCAAACGCCUAAAUUGCCCCCUCAUCCUUUAACAUAACCCUGUGAUUAUAAUUAUUUCAUUCAUGAUUAAACCGUUUAAAAUUUUGACUAGUGAAGUAGAGAAGGGUAAUAAAUUUCAUAUUCAAGUUAUAAGUCAUAUAAUUAUUAUUUAACUGUGUUUUGUAGGUGUUGCUAAUUCACGAGGUUGUGUUCUCUGAAGGCGAUUUAAAAACUAAAGCGCAUAAUCAUCUCACCAAAUCUUAUGAUAAUGGAUCUCAAAGAAAAGAAAGACAAGCAGCAAUAGGUAAUGACUAAUUUAUAGUAGAUAGACUAACCCAGUGUUGGAAACUUGGAAAGUUCCUUUUAAAAAGUAAUUUGUUACCGUUCCUCGUUCAAAUUGCAAUAAAAGAAUUUGCUCCUUCGUUUUAUUUACUUAUACAUAAUAUAUGACAUUCUCUGUUUUCGAGGAAAAUUAGACAAAAAUACGACUUAUAUCCAGGGGACGUGGGUGCACGUGUUCCCUCCCCAAAUUUUUUGAUUGGUUAUUUAGGUUAUUUUAUCAUCUUAAACAAAUUAAAUAGUAAUACAAAUUAUUAAUGUCCUCUACCCCGAAAUUUUAUUUCGAUUAUCUAUGACAUUGUUUUCAAUAGGUAUAAUUCAUUAAAUUACUAUUUAUACUUCACUCAUUUAUUACAAUGACCUAUCCAUUAUAGUACGAAGUUCAUCCGGUUUGUUUUACUUUUAUUUUAAUACUUAAUUUUUACUAUUAUCUAUAUAGAUCCAUCCCGUAUGUAUUUGCCACCCAGAAAAGAUUCUGCUGCAUCAAUUGGAUUCGGAGAACAGUCAAACAAUUUUGGUGGUAAUAAUAAUAAUGGACUUGUUGAAAAUCCUGCUGGACGUAGUCAGGAAACAUUUACAAAUAGUAUAGGAAACAGUAAUAAUUACGGUACGCUGACAAAAAACACUAACGGUUUCAGCAGUACUCCGGUAAAUGGACUAUACGAUACAAACAUUGCGUCCGGUGGUUCCGAAGGUUCAUCUUUCGAUCAAAGUACUACCUAUAACACUUUAACUUCAGGAGAAGGAAACACUUUAGGGCAAUUUUCAAUCAAAAAUAAUGAGUACAGCGGUUUGGGUUUGUCGACAACCGACCGCAAUAGCUAUAACGUCGAUGGUUCUUCGGGCACGGCGUGGACACUGAAUAACGAUAUUUCUGCUCAAACCAGUAUUAGUGCGAGUGGUUACGGACAAAAGAAACCUUUAAUUGCGGCUCAAAAUCAAGAUCUAAACGAAAAUAAUUACAACGGAGACAUCAGUCAAUUUGGCCAGGAUAAGGGAACAAGAAAUCUACAGCAUGACAGCCAGGGCACAAUAAUUCAAAAUUCAAUUUCUGCAAGUAGUUAUGGUACACCAAAAGGUUCAUUUCAAGUUAAUAAUUCUAACCGAAAUGACGGUCAAAUUGGUUAUGGCAAUCAAGGAAAUAGUGGAAAUGUUGAUCCUAGUAAACAGUUCUCAAAAGACAGCGGUGCCGCAGGUUACGGAAAUACGGGAUCCAAUUUGCUUGACCAGAAAAUUGGCAUCAGUGGCGGAGACUACAGUCAAUUCAUAUUCGGAAAUAUGGCAAACACAAAGUUCAACAAAGGAAAUAACGCAGAUGACUCAUUCAAUCAUGAUUUCAUUGAAUUCGAUGAUUCUACGUCACGUUUUAAUAACCAAAACAAUCCAAGCAAGAGUUCUCCAUCUGCACAGGCUAAUAGUGGUGACAACAAUGGAAAUAGUGGCCAGGGUAACGGCCUGUUAAAUAAUCGUGGCUUCCAAACUAGAGGGUAUAAUCAAGAAGAAAUAUCAACCCCUGCAGAAUAUGGACGACCUACUAGUAGUUCGAAUCAGGGUGCAUCAACUUCGUCGACUUACGGAGAAAACCGUUUUGGGGAACCAAACGGCAAUCCUUUUUCUCCUAGUUCUAAGGAUUCAAAUUUACCUACUGUUGACAAACCAUAUAUCCAAACAUCGCCAGAUAAUAAUGUUUUAGGGAAAGUUAAAAACCAACUAAUUGGCGAUAAUUUCCAAAACCCUGGUUCCGUUAAUGGUAACGGUGGAACACCGACACAAAAUUCUUACGGUCAGAGUUCGUCAGGAAUUCAUAGAUUUGAUCAAAAGGAUUCGUCGACUUAUGAUAACAAUUUUAACUCACAGAGUUCAUUACAAGGGUCAAACAACUAUGGGCAAUCGGGAUCUGAUGUCUUAAAAAUCGGGGAAAAUUAUGGUCAAGUUUCUACCUGGAAUAAUGAAUAUAAUCAAGGUGCAGGUAGUUCAUCGAGAUCGUCGGGAUUCGAUCAAGGUGAGCGAAAUCAAAAGUUGUACAAUAACUACGGAGAAUCAGGACCUCAAUUGCUUGGAAACAAAGGAAACUACGUAGAAAGUUAUUUGAAUAGACCAGCAAACAGUGUGUAUAAUAACCAUGGUAGACCGUCAAAUGGACAAAACAAUGUUGAUCAGAGUCAACCGACUGCGUCACAAAUAUCAAACAAUGGCCAAACUGAAGGUCAAAUAUUAUCAUCUUCUGGUAGCGAUAAUUACGACCAAAACGGUUCGGUUCCGUCAUUUAAUGGAGAAUAUAAUCAAGGAAUUUUAGCUAAUGUGAAUAAUUUUAGGCAAAACAGACCACCACAAGGAGGUUUCAACAGCUAUGGAUCAACGGGAUCUCAAAUAUCUUCAACUAUAGAAAACUACGGACAAAAUAAUCAAAAUAUUCUCAAAAAUGGUUAUAACACUCGAGGAGGUUCACAAAAUUCCGGAAGUUCAAGCUCUUAUGGAGAAAAUAAUCUAUUAAAUCUAGGAAAAUUAGGAUCAUCUCAAUUAGGAGACUACAGCGGUAGAGGUACUUCAACAUUGACACCUGAAAGAAACAAUUACGUUCAAAAUAGUUUACCCACAACGACGAAAGGAGAGAAUCCGAUUUCUAGUUCGUCGGCUGAUUUUGAACAGGGGAUAGGACCUUGUAGUGCUUCUAUCGCUCCUAAUAAUAGUGAAAAAAAUGGUUUAAUUGAUCCUUCAAGUACAGUAUCACGGCCAGAUACCAGUAACGAAAGUCGAAAUCCAAAAAAACAUUCUACUGUCGUUCCAAAAAGCCAAUAUCAAAAUUCAAAUUUACCAAGUCAAAACGAUUUUGGCAAAGAAAGAAACGACGAUGAUGAUUUUGGUGAGCCAGGUUUAAAUGCAUUUUCAAAUUUCGCCCCGGGCAAUCAACUGAACCAACCAUCUUUCGAAUCUGCUAACAACAAUUAUGCUACGAGUGGUAAUAAUUCAAAUAAACAAAUUGAAGCAGUUUCCUCUUCUUUAAAUACUGGUUACUAA